CACAGCAUCCAGGCAGGAAGUGCCCUCAUAUCAGCUGAGUGAAGCCGUGACAGGUCGGCAGGCUGCAGUCAGAAUGGAGUGACACUGAUCGCUGAUUUUCUCCAAACCCAGUGAUGUAUCAGCGGUUGGGUGUGGAUGUGUAGGCAGUAACGCUGGGGUGCCACCCGGACUGUUUGUUGUAGAGGAUCACCAGUGAAGAUGCCUCUGGUGCCAGUAGUGCCAGAGAACCACAGUCAUGUCCUGGCAGAGUUUGACUGCCUCGAUCCACUCCUGUCCGCUCUCCGUUUAGACUCUGGCAGGCUCAAGUGUACAUGUUUGGCAGUGUCAAGGAAGUGGCUUGCGUUGGGAACAUCAGCAGGAGGGUUGCACCUGAUCCAGAAGGAGGGCUGGAAACAAAGGCUCAUCCUCACUCACAAGGAGGGUGCUAUCACUCAGGUGGCGUGUUGCCCUCAUGAUGAAGACUUUAUCGCUGUUGCAACAAGUCAGGGUCUGGUGGUGGUGUGGGAGCUGCAGUUGGAGCGGCGUGGUCGUCCAGAGAGAGUCAGUGUGUCCUGGGAGCACAGAGGUCAGGUCAUCACUGCACUCUGCUGGGACACCAGCACGCUCAGAGUUUUCGUCGGGGACACAGGAGGCAAGGUGUCCUUUCUCCGUGCUGGAUCAUCCAAGCUAGGCAAGGGGUCAGCAUUCGUUAUCUUCCCUGUUCAGACUGUUACCACUGUGGACUCCAGAGUGGUUCAGCUUGGGUACCAAGACGGCCGCCUGCUGGUGUCUUCCCUGAGCCGUUGCUACCUCUGUGACACAGAGAGGGAGAAGUUCUGGCGUGUCGGGAAUAAGGAGCGCGACGGGGAGUAUGGCGCUUGUUUCUUCCCUCAGAACAGGGGAUUAUUAGUUGGUCAGCCCCCUCUGCUGUACUCUGCCCGGCCGGGGUCUCGAAUAUGGGAGGCCAGUUUUAAUGGCGAGGUUCUGAGCACCCAUCAGUUCAAACAGUCACUGGCCUGUCCUCCUCUACCUCUCAUCACUUACAGAGAGGAGCCUCAUUACAACCCACUGCAGAAGAGCCCACAGUCAAUCGCCUUCCCUAAACUGCUGUUUUUUGGAGACCAAAACUUGCUGACCUGGACUGACUCAGCCAUUUAUAUCUUCACACCUCAGAACGGACAAGUGCUUCUGUGGACUGAAGUCAAAGACUUGGCUGAUAUCGCAGUCUACCGCAACGAGCUCUUCUGUCUCCAUGGCAGCGGACGUCUGUCCCACCUGUCCCUGUUGUCUGCUGAGCGCUGUGUUGAGCGUUUGCUGCGUAGGGAGUCCUGGCUUCUAGCUGCUGUGGUGUGCUGUAUGUUCCAGCACACAAUCACCACCAGCAGGGCCAGGAAAUCGAUUCCCAUCGACCGCCUGGAACAUCUCAAGUCCCAGCUGAGCUCCAGCACACACCUGGAGCUGAGUGGCCAGCUGGAGGAAGUCAUCACUAAACUAGAGCCUCUGGACUCUGCCUCCAGCAGCCGUAGGAGUAGCAUCUCCUCACAUGAGAGCUUCAACGUCCUGGACUGUGGAAUCUAUCGUGUGAUUAGUCGCAGAGGGAGUCAGUCAGACGAGGAGACAAGCUCCCUCAUGAAUCAGUCCGCAUCAGAGGAGGAGCGGCUCAAAGAUUUCAGUUUUGUGCAGGAGGAUGAUCAGGCGGAGCAAGAUCCACAGAGCAGUGAGCGUACGGAGGCUGAGCGAUCUGAACAAGGCCUGCAGUUCCACCUCCCGCUCUCAUUCCGCCCAAAACCCCCUCGCAUCGCACUGCAGGCCGUCAAAGACAGUGUUUCUAGUUUUGUUAAGAAGACAACAGAGAAGAUCAACACCCUCCAGAACUCUGAGCUCUGGCAACGGCCUGAAUUCAGAGAGGGCGGACAGGCUGAAAUGUCAGCCACAGCUCCAUACUCAGAGGAAAUGGACAAUGAAGUUUAUGAUGAAAUGCAGAGCACAGAGGCCGACAUGCAGGAACUUCGAUCAGCAACAGAGCGAGCUAUCUCCCAGAUCCAAGAUCCUUUGGUUCUACUGGAUCCAGUCUGCCUGGAAGAAACUCUGCUGGAGUGGCUGCCAGUGCUGGAGCGAGUACUGGGACCUGAAGAGCAGGAGUCGACUGCUGCGGACGAUUCAAACAUUGAUGGACCAGGGGAGGAGAGGUGGGAUUAUCUACAGUCCUGCUCAGAGCAACACGAUGAGUCUUCCCUCCCAUCAGAUGAACCAGCAGAGAGCAUCACAGAGGACAAGAAAGAAGAGUCUCCUGAGCUCGAAGAAAAAGAGGACCAGUGUGACUCGGCUGAGAAAGACUCUGAAGUGUCAAAUGGGAGUCCUCUCUAUCCUGUUCGAGUGAUGUCUCCCAAACCUGUACUGCCGGAUCUCCUGGCUAAUCUCACCCAGCUGGCAACGCUGUACACAGAACUGAGCUGCUUUAGAAACCAGGAGAAUGAACAAGCACUGGGGUGCACAACUUUCCUGCGCCGCUACUUCUUUCUGCUGGACCAAGAGCGUGUGAGGAGAAUGUGUCUGCUGUGUCAUCAGGAGCGGCCGGAGGUGCAGAGCUCCUUCACUGAGGCCAUGCUAGACCUCACUCAGUCCAGUAAGGUGGUGGAGGUUAUUCAGAGAGGUGAUUUGCUUCGAUCACUUCGCAGUCUGAGAGAGCUGCAGCCCUGGAGCGCACCUCCUCUCCUCGCUCAUUUACACAGGCUGUAUGAGAAGCACGGGGAGGUGGCUGUACGCUCGUUUACGCAGUUCUAUCCUACGAUCACUCCUGCUGAUGUAAUGACCAUGGCUCAGCAAAGCCACUUCCUGGCAUACCUGGAUAAUCUGGUCCAGUCACGAACUGAAGAGGACAGGUUGUCAUUUUUGCAGUCCCUUCUUGAACCAGAGUCACUGAGACAGGAUUGGUUGGAGCUGGCACUUACCCAUGAUGCCCCUCAGCACUGUGAUACCCUGACCCCUGACGGACGGCCCAGGUGGCAUUCUCAUUGUUUCAGUUGGGGUUAUGGACGCCUCCUGUCUCUCCUCAUUCGUCUUCCUACAGACCUGUCCUCCAAGCAGAAGAUGGCAGAGGCUUGCCGCAGUCACGGGUACUGGACCGGCUACAUCUACCUCUGCUGUGAGCUGCAGCGUCGCACAGAAGCGUUCUCCACCAUCUGUCAGCUAGACGACAUCAGUCUGCUGGAGGAAGCUGAUGGUGUUGAGCCUCAGUCACUGGAAGAGUGGAAGCUUUUGAUCCAGUUAUCUCAGCAGUGCAGCAGCGCAGCAGACUCAGAGCAGGUCACAGGUGUGAAUGGGAGCAGCUGGUCCAACGGCUCGGCAGACUGCGGUGAAAAGAUCAGCCCAGAGAGCCUGACCCUGAUGCUGGCUCGGACAGCCGGGCCCGACCGCGCCAUGGCAGUCCUGGAGGAGUGUGGAGUGCAGCCGGUCCUUUCGCCGCACUCCAAACUGGUCUGUGAGCUGCUGAGAGUCGCUGAAAAGAGGCAGAGAGCCAUGAUCCAGACGAUGCUAGAGCGCUGCGAUCGGUUCCUGUGGUCUCAGCACGCCUAACUAAAGAUCACCCACAGAUUGUCUACGCCAAACAACAUAACUAACACUGUAUGUAAAUCUCCCCACUAACUGCUGCUGAAGCUGCAACUUAAUUUAUGCACUGUAAUAUUUGUCAGCUGUCCAGGUGCUUAUCUUCCCAGUGAAAACAGUAUUAUGUUUCUAACUUUUUUGUCACAUCUUUUUUUAAUUAUUAAGGUUAAAUGUUUUUUGCAUGUACAGGUAAACAAAUAUCUUUAUGAACAAAAAUGACCUGUUAAUAUUUACAGUGAAAUGUUCUAACCAGGUGAUAUCAUGUGAAUAAAAGCUGUCUGUAUUUUAUUUAAA